AUGAGUUCUAACAACCAAAAGCAACCUUCAACUUCUACUUCUUCUUCGUACACCAGUUUCUCGGCAAAUGAGUCAAUGAAGAAUUUGUCAAUAUCCGAAGACCCUUCCUCAAAAGAAGUGGUUUCCCAAGACCAUAAGAUUGUCGAUAAUAUCCCUUUCGGUCUGGGAUAUGCUGCUUCAGCAAAGGCCUCCAUUAAUGGACAUUCACAUCAAGCAUCUUCUUCAUCAUCUACUGGUGAUUACAAUAACUCACCAAAGUCCCAAGGCCAAGUGGAUACCAGAUUUUUACAAUCUCCUUUGGCAACCAGACCGGCCUCUCCUUACACUCUUAACCCUCCUGUCGACAGCGAUGGGUUAUCCUGGCCAUCGGUUGGGGCACAUGCCAGAAUUGCCGAAUCCGAAGAAGAAAACACCCAACGUGAGCUCAGAAUCGCCGAAGCGGUCAAGACCAUCCUCACAGAAUUGGGGGAAGACGUCACCAGAGAAGGAUUAUUGGAAACUCCUGAACGUUACGCCAGAGCCAUGUUAUAUUUCACUAAAGGUUACCAAGACAACAUUAGAGAUGUUAUUAAAAGAGCGGUGUUCGAAGAAGACCAUGACGAAAUGGUGAUUGUUAGAGACAUUGAAAUCUACUCAUUAUGCGAACAUCACUUGGUGCCAUUCUUUGGUAAGUGUCACAUUGGGUACAUUCCAAAUAAAAAAGUGUUGGGAUUGUCCAAAUUGGCAAGAUUGGCCGAGAUGUACAGUAGAAGAUUCCAAGUCCAAGAAAGAUUGACCAAGCAAAUUGCAAUGUGUUUAUCGGAUAUUUUGAAACCAAUGGGUGUGGCAGUGGUGAUUGAAUGUGCUCACAUGUGUAUGGUUAGCAGAGGAGUUCAAAAAACUGGUAGUUCAACAGUCACCAGUUGCAUGUUGGGAUGCUUUAGAACUCAGCAAAAAACAAGAGAAGAAUUUUUGGGAUUAUUGGGUAGACGUUAG